AUGGCCGCCUCCAAGAGCGUCAUCCCGCGCUUCUUGCUGCCCCUCCAGAGCCCUCUCUGGCGGGGUCUCCGCGCGCCGCCCGUCUCGCAGCACAUUCGCGUGCGCUACGCCUCGUCCUCGUCCUCGUCGCAAGCCGACGGCAAGCCCAUUGUGCUCGAGAAGCCCGCCAAGUUUAACCCCCCGUCGCACGGCUCCCGCCUCAAGAGCAAGGCGCUCCCCAAGCACUACAGCCCGCCGCUGAGCGAGGCCGAGAUCAAGGUGCGCAGCCAGCGCAGCUACCCGGGCAUGAUGGCGCCCGAGGGGUCGUGGCAGCACUGGUUCUGGCACAGCAAGCUGCUGCACACGUUUAUUACAAUGGGCACCCUUCUCGCCAUGGCCAUCUACACCUUCUUCAUGAACUACGCCUACAACUCGCCCUACAAGGAGCUCGUCCCGCCCACGUCGACGCUCUUCACCGACCCGGGCUACUUCUUCGUCGCCUGGAAGGAGGUCAUCCUCUCGCACGAAAAGGACAAGGCCCUGAAAGCCGGCGAGCACCGCACGCGCCACGUCGACGAUGUCGCCAAGCGCCGCUAUUACAUGAAGGCCCACGGCAUCGAGCCCAAGGACCCCGUCACCAUGGUAUUUGGCAAGGGCGAUCAGCGCUCCGAGGCAGAGAUUGAGGCCGUGGCGCUAGGAAGAGAGAUGCCGGAGAAGACGCCCGAGGAGGAGGCGGCGGGCAAACGCAAGAAAUGGUUUGGCAUCUUCUAG